GGAUAAGUCAUAAAUCUGGACAUGAGUCCAGUGAUCGCAGAUUUUGUUUGUCCAUUUACUAGGCCAAAUGCUUCCUUUGUAGUCUUCAAAUCAGUCGUUUGCUGAGUGUUUCAAAGCUUUUUUUCGCAUUGCUGUUAUACACAGCGGAGAUAGUCCUGAUGCCGUUACAACGGAGGCUCUGAAAGCCAAAGUCAGAUGUCGCUGAGGUCGAAAAUUGUCAGCACCUUUAAGCUGCAUGGCCUCACACUGAGAAGCGAUGCAUCAGCAUGCAUGGUGGAGGCGUUGGAAGGACUGAGCACUGGCGACGUCAAGCACUGGCUGGAGAAAUUCAUUGAGAUCAUACAGAAAAAGCCAUUGAAGCCCGGUGCUAUUAGCCGCGAGGUGAUUGAAGAUGUGAUUGAAGAAUGUGGAGUUGGUGCUGACAGUGAUGACAACAACAGUUUCCUGGUGAUCGAUGCCUUUAAAGUGCCCAAGUUUGUGUUCAACACUGACAGGAAGAAGUUUGUCCCAGAUCACAGCAAGGCCAACAUUCACAGCGCAGCUGAAGACAAAGCUGCCCUGUUCUGUGAGCGCUACACUGUACUUUACCAGCGUACCCUCCGUCAUGAACUCUUUACAAUGCCAGUCCUGGGUAGUGGCGAGACGGCACCAAAGUACCGGCUACAACCUGUUGAGUUCUUACUAAGCUCUUCGGCACUACUGGGCAAUGCACUGGUGUUUGGCAUGGUUGCACAGCUGAAGGAGGGUAGCUAUUUCUUGGAAGACUCAACUGGAUCGGUGGAGAUGGACAUCAGUCAAGCAGAAUUUCACUCUGGACUGUUCACAGAAAACUGCUUUGUCUUGGCUGAAGGUGUUUACGAAGACCGGCUUUUCCAUGUGACUGCACUGGGUUUUCCACCGCCAGAGCCAGCAACUUUCUCCAGGAGUCAUCUGGGAAACUUGAACUUUUUUGGUGGACCCUCAACAACAACUUGCAAAGCAUCGACCCAACUAGCUGCUUUGGAGAAGGAGAAUGAAGAAAUGUCCAUUGUACUGUUGUCCGAGGUUUGGCUUGACCAGUCCAUGGUGCUGGAUAAGCUCCGUGUGCUGUUCACUGGCUUUGCCGAAGCCCCGCCCGCAGCGUUUGUUUUCUGCGGCAACUUCUGCUCCAUGCCGUGUGGCCCGGUGUACUAUGAAGCAUUGAAAGAUGGUCUGAAGGCACUUGCUGAUCUUAUUUGCGAUUAUCCCAGCUUUGAGAAGACUCGCUUUGUUUUUGUACCUGGCCCUUCGGAUCCUGGUCCCGGCAAUAUUCUCCCGAGACCCGCAUUGCCCACUCUGUUCACUGAGCAGAUAUGCUCUAAAGUUCCUCUGGCAACAUUCACCACAAACCCUUGCAGACUGCAAUACUGUACCAAGGAGAUUGCUGUCUUCCGCGAGGAUAUCAUGAACAAGAUGUGCCGUAACUGUAUCCGCUUGCCAUCCGAUGAUGUGGACCUGCCAACACAUCUUGUCAAAACGUUGGAGUCGCAAGCUCACCUUUGUCCGUUACCGUUGCACAUUCGUCCUGUGUAUUGGACGCAAGAUCAUGCUCUACACUUGUAUCCUCUUCCAGAUUUGGUGAUCUUGGCAGACAAGUAUGAUCCGUUCACUGUGAAGAGCCAAACAGGGUGCACCACUGUCAAUCCGGGGUCUUUCGCACGCAGUGAUUUCCAGUUCAAAGUCUAUUUUCCGUUCAAAGGCGACGUUCAGGACAGUAAAAUUCCAUGAGCGCCGCUCAACCCCACGCCGAGCCCCGUGUCCUGCAAUCACCAUGUUACUGCUCUCUUGAUAAGAUGACCACCGGUAGGAGAUAAUCAUACUUUCUUACUCCAUGGAACACAUAUGCCUAUACAAUCUCCCCCUUUCUCGAUUCCGCUUUAAAAGUUCCGUCCUUCUAUACUUGUAUAUCUUCACUCAUCCAACUCUUCGCUGUUCUCUGCCCCUGCAGAAUUUUGUCAAAACAGCCAUAUUUGUUGACCUUGUACAAAGUUUUUUAAACCGCGCAAGUCGCUACUUCUAAGUAGUUUAACCCCUUAGCCUAAUCCAAUGGCUUUGCUCCAUGCUAGGUUUUUCUGAGUUUUUCAGCAGUGCACCGCUGGUUCAAGAAGAUAGUGUGCUGUGUACAUUGAACAUGUUUAUUAUUGUAUUGCUGUGAACAUUGAUUCAAUAUCUGCAGCCUA